GAUGACAUACAGGGGAGGGAACCAUGAAGAGCGAAGGCUCCGGAGAGUUUCUGAGUAAUACCUGAGUGUCAGACAUGCUGCCCGGCAGGUGAGUUUCACAUUGUGUUGAUUUUUCGGUGUUCAAACUGUAUUUUUCUUCAGCUCACUGCUCGUUUUCUUUCUUCUCAUGUUGAGACUUUUUCUCAGAAGGGAUUGUCUGCUACACCGAGUGUGUUCUGGGCCACUCCUGCCAACGUGGAAUAAUUGUGACUUUCUGCCAGAGGGAUGAAUGAAAUGUUUUUAACUAGAUCAAAGGGUGACACAACAGGAGUCAGGUAGCGUGAACUUUAACAGGUAGCAUUCCCAGAGACACACCACGCUGCAGCCAUGUCCAACUCCCACGAACAGAGCCUGGAUGAGAAUGCAGUGUUCCUGCCGGUGAACGAGUCCUCCCCAGAGUUUCUGCACUCUGAGAAGGAGCGUCAAGCAGUGGAGAGACUCCUAAACGAAGGACCCGAGGCCUUCUACAGCUCAGUGGGCACGGAGCGCUCCGGCUGCUUCCUGUCCUCUGAAGAGGUCAGCCAGAUCACCGGCUGGACUCAGGACUUCCGCCUGAACCCGCCGCAGGUGCAAAGACAGGAGAACGGAGAGGAAGGCAGCUCAGAGAUGCAGGACUUCUGCUCCACGUACUUCCCCUCCUUCUCCGACACUCCGGCCCCGGACCUGGAGCUGGGCUGGCCUGAGAGAGGCCCCUGGGUGCCGAAGGGGAGCGUUACAGUCCACACCAAUCCACCUGCUGAGGGGCAACCUCACGUCAGACAGCUCGUCAGACGGCACUUGCAAAAGGCUGGCCAAGUGAUUGCCAUUGUGACAGACAGAUUGACAGAUGGUGCUAUUAUUGGAGAUUUACACAAUGCUGCCUCGCGGGGAGUCCCUGUCUACAUCAUCCUGAACCAAAGGUCCAUUCAAGAGAACUUCACGCUCAACAGGCUCAGGCAUCCGAACAUGCAGGUCCGUGUUCUUGGAGGGAAAACCUUCUGUUCGCAGACCGGAAGAAUGGUGGUCGGGGAAAUGAGAGACAAGUUCCUUCUGGUGGAUUUAGAGACGGUGAUUCACGGCAGCUACAGCUUCACGUGGACGGACGCCCACCUGCACCGGCAGCUCAUCACUGUUAUAAGCGGCCCGGUUGUUGAGUCAUUCGAUCGGGAGUUCAGGAUCCUUUUUGCUGCUUCGCUGCCCGUCCCAGACACAUGGAGGGCUGUAGGCACUCAUGCAGAUGUGACUCAUCAGCUGAAAGACCGCUCAGAUCUCGGGUUUCAAAGGCAUCACCAUUUGGAGGCUGAGAUUACCAGCCCUCCGUCCCCGCCUGCUGAUUCCCUCCUGGACUGGGAGGCCAUGGGGGUCCUCCAGAGAGACCGCUGCUUCCCGGACAGUCCUGUCGAUCACCGUGAGGAAAUCGUGGUCAAGGAAGUUCCCCUCCAGAGCAAAAUGCUGUUUGAUAGAAACACACCCAUUAUGGAUGGUUUUACUUUUAACAAUGGAAACCAAUUUGUCGAUAAGAAAAGCAACAAACAGGCCCCGCCAACAGACCCGACAUCUCAAGAAAGAAUGAAAAGCAACAAACAGGCCCCGCCAACAGACCCGACAUCUCAAGAAAGAAUGAAAAGGGUAUAUGAAAACACCUCUCCAGUGCCAGAUAAAUACAAAACCUUCAACAAUAAACAGCCCCCGACAACAGACUCGACAUCUCCAGAAAGAAUGAAAAGGGUUGAACACAUAAUAAAUAAAACUAUUUCCAGGCAACUCUCCAAUUCAAAUGACAGAAAAACAACAAGACUGGAUGAUAAAGAAACAGAUCCGACACACAAUGUGAUCCAACUUUCAUCUUCCAAGAGAAGAGAGCGGCCACAGAGGGACGCCAUGUUGGAAGAAGAGAGCAGCAUAAAGGAGCUUAGCUCCAAAGUGGAGAACUCACCGUCUUCUAGAAAACCAAUCAUCCUGAGGAUGCCACAGUCUGAGAGCUUCAGCUCCCUGAGUGACAUCAUGAAGAGGAUUCAGCCUCAGCAGAGUGCUUCAGCACAGCUCAGGAAAGGAUCAAAGGCAGCGGUGUCAGAAGUGAGUCGGUCCAUGAUGGACCUGAGCGUUCACAACCCAGAUGAGGACAGAGGACCCCCGGUGCCGAGGUUUAAGGCCAGUUACUUCGACCCGGAUCACAUGACCCCUGCUCUUGCCCUCAUGAAGAAGAGGAACGAUGAGUUGAAACCUUCUUUGUACAGAACUCCAAUGAACUUUUUGCCCAGAGAAAGGCCUCGCAGCGCUGGUUAUACACUCAAGUUGGACUGGAGGAGGUCGCUGGCAGAGGCGGAGGGCGAGCUGGAAUGAGGAGCGAGGAAAAGAAAAAUACAUGAGAAAUAUGUUGCGUAAUAAUGUCUUCUGUCACUGAAGAAUGGCAGCUGUCAGCAGUGGAUAUUUACAACCUCUGCAGUGUUAAUUAGCUGAGCCACAAACAGGCUGUGACUCUGAGAAUAAAACCAUGUUAAUAUGUUGGAUGUAUAUAUGUUCUGACUUUAUUAUGUUGAAAUAAAUAAAGACGUUCACUAAUGCUGCUCACAAUGAAUUUUAAAUAUCAAUAGUUUUAACUGCUGGGCAGCUGUCAUAGAAAAA